AUGGAUAAAUCAAAACCUAAAUCAACAAAAAAGUUAGAAAAGAAUGCAAAUAAGAAAAGAAAUUCCAUGCUAAUUUCGGAUGUCAAGAAUAUAAAAGAAAAUCUAAAGAUUAAGGAAAUAUUGAGAAAUGUUAAAAUGAAUAGUAGUAUGCGGAUUAAAGCACCACCAGGAAGCAAAGUUAUGAAUAACAAAGACUUUAUUGACAACUGUGAUGAUUUUGAAGAAUCUACCAUAGAUGAAUAUCAAGAUCAAAUCCAGACAAAUGAAUCACCUAGUGCAACAAAUCUAGAUGUAGUAACUUCAUCUAAAAAUUUUGAAAACGAAACAGGACAAAGCAAAAUAUCUCUAAACGGGGACGAUGAAGUCCAAAAUACUGAUGAUAUAUUAGAAAAAAAAUACUAA